AGCCAUGGAGCCGAGCCCUGCCGCCCUCCUGUCCCUGGCCGCGCUGCUCCUGGGGGCCGCCGGGACAAGCCCCCGCGACCGGCCCCCGCUCAACCCGGAUAACCUGCUGCUCAUCACGGCUGCCACGGAGCAGACGGAGGGAUACGAGCGAUUCCUGCGCACCGCCCGCUACUUCAACUACACCGUCAAGACCCUGGGCCUGGGUGAGGAAUGGCGCGGGGGGGAUGUGGCCCGCACGGUGGGGGGCGGGCAGAAGGUGCGCUGGCUGAAGGAGGAGAUGGCGAAACACGCGGAGCACGAGGAGCUCGUCGUCAUGUUUGUCGACAGUUACGACGUGCUGCUGGCCGGCGGCCCCGUGGAGCUGCUGCGGAAGUUCCUGGCCUUCGACAGCCGGGUCGUGUUCUCGGCCGAGGGCUUCUGCUGGCCCGAGUGGGGCCUGGCCGAGCGCUACCCCCCCGUCAGCACCGGCAAGCGCUUCCUCAACUCCGGCGGUUUCAUCGGCUUCGCCCCGGCCAUCCACGGCGUGGUCCAGCUCUGGAAAUACCAGGACGACGACGACGACCAGCUGUUCUACACCCGCAUCUACCUGGACCCUGGCCUGCGGGAGAAGUUUGGGCUGGCGCUCGACCACAAGUCGAAAAUCUUCCAGAACCUCAAUGGGGCCAUUGACGAGGUGGUGCUGAAGUUCGAGAGGAGCCGGGUCCGUGCCCGGAACGUGGCCUACGACACCCUCCCUGUCAUCAUCCACGGCAACGGGCCCACCAAGCUGCAGCUCAACUACCUGGGGAACUACAUCCCGAACCGCUGGACCUACGAGGGGGGCUGCGGGGGCUGCGACCAGGGGCUGCUCGACCUGUCGGGGACCCCGGAGGAGGCGCUGCCCCGGGUGCUGGUGGGGGUGUUCGUGGAGCAGCCGACCCCCUUCCUGCCCCAGUUCCUGCAACGCCUGCUGGGCUGGGCCUAUCCCUAUGCCCGCCUCAGCCUCUUCCUGCACAACCGCGAGGUGUUUCACGAGCCCCACGUGCAGGGGGCCUGGGAGCGGCUGCGCGGGGCCUUCGCCAGCGUCAGGCUGGUGGGGCCGGAGGAGGAGCUGAGCCAGGGCGAGGCCCGGGACAUGGCCAUGGACAUCUGCCGGCAGGACCCCGACUGCGACUUUUACUUCAGCCUGGAUGCCGACGUCGCCCUGACCAACCCGGGGACCCUGCGCGCCCUGAUCCGCCAGAACCGGAAGGUCGUGGCCCCCAUGGUGUCACGCCCGGGCAAGCUCUGGUCAAAUUUCUGGGGGGCGCUGAGCCCUGAGGGCUACUAUGCCCGCGCCGAGGACUACGUCGAGCUGGUGCAGGGCAAGCGCACCGGGGUGUGGAACGUGCCCUACAUCAGCCAGGCCUACCUGGUGCGCGGGGAGACGCUGCGCUCGGAGCUGCACGACCGGAGCGUCUUCACCCUGGAGGAGACCGACCCCGACAUGGCCUUCUGCAAGAACGUCCGCGAGAGGGGGAUUUUUCUGCACAUCACGAACCUGGAGGAGUUCGGGCACCUGCUCUCCACGGCCAAUUACAACACGUCCCGCCUGCACCCCGAUCUCUGGCAGAUCGCGGAGAACCCCCCGGACUGGCAGGAGAAAUACAUCCACGAGAACUACUCCCGGGUGCUGGACGGGGAGUUGGUGGAGCAGCCCUGCCCCGACGUCUACUGGUUCCCCAUCCUGUCGGAGGCGGCCUGCGACGAGCUGGUGGAGGAAGUGGAGCAUUAUGGGAUAUGGUCCGGAGGGCAGCACAAGGACGCCCGCCUGGCCGGGGGCUACGAGAACGUGCCAACGGAUGACAUCCACAUGCGGCAGAUCGGGCUGGAGGGCGAGUGGCUGCGGUUCCUGCGGGAAUUCAUCGCGCCCGUCACUGAGACGCUCUACCCCGGCUACUACACCAAGGCCCAGGCCCUGCUGAAUUUUGUGGUUCGGUACCGGCCGGAACAGCAGCCGGCGCUGAGACCCCACCACGACUCGUCCACCUUCACCAUCAACAUCGCGCUCAACAGCAAGGGUAGCGACUACGAGGGCGGCGGCUGCCGGUUCCUGCGCUACUCCUGCUCCGUGACGGCCCCGCGGAAGGGCUGGAGCCUGAUGCACCCGGGGCGCCUGACCCACUUCCACGAGGGGCUGCCCACCACCCGCGGGACCCGCUACAUCAUGGUCUCCUUCGUCGACCCCUAG